UGGUAAGAUUGAAAGCCGAUAAGGAAUGGGCUGGUGCUUAGAGGACAGAGAAAGCUCUUGGCAUCAACAGGCAGGAAGUAGUGUUGUGUUAGUUCAGAUGCAUAUGAUGGAUGAUUAGGCAAAAAGGCUUAGGGCAUUGGCUUGGACAAACACAAAGAUAAGAUCAUUCUCCAACUUUUCUGAUUGCUUACUCAAUCACGACAUAUUUCACCAAUUUGGCAUGCCUAUUCAAAGAGAUGUUUUUUUUUUUUUUAAAGUUCUCUUUAGCGUAAUGGUCAAUGGAAGAAAUUAGCACCCACGGAAUCUUGUUCCAGGAAAAUCAGGCUUGCCAGGAAAAGAUAAAUUAAGGAAGUAAGCCUUCAGGACAAAAAUUUAGCAACUAUAUGUGUCAACUAUUUAGAAUAAGUUGUAAAUUUUGAUUAAAAAAAAAAAAAUUUGAAGCUUGCAUAGAAAAUUAAGGAAUUAACCUUACCUUCACCUUGCGAAGUGUGAACUCUACAUUGUUUUUGCCAAAAAAAUUAAUAAUAAUAAUAAUAAUAAUAAUAAUAAUAAUAAAUAUAUUAAAAGUGAACUCCGCAUUGUGACUACUUUUUCAUAAAGGAAACGCCGGCGGCUACUUUUUCAUAAAGAACCUCCACGCGUCUGCUGAAUUGAGUGGUAAAUAGAAGGAAGACCAUCAAUCAAUUUCGGGUUAUUGUUUUUUUAUGUCUUGGGAAGGUUCAAGAAGAAAAGAUAAAGCUUCUUUUUCUCAUGCUCUCCGAACAGAGAAACAGAGAAUUUUGGGAAAGUAAUUUAAAAUAGUCAAAUAGGGUUUCGGAUUUUUGUGUUAUGGGCAGUCGAUCAAUCUGCCAGAGAAAGAAACCAAUAAUAGGAGAGGCUGAAACGGCAUCGGCUUCCGACGGAGAGCCUAGCUGCAGCAACGACGUAGUUGUACUUGUUGGAGGCCCAAGUUUUGGGAACAGAGGCAUAUUAUAGAAAUAUAUGGCUUCUUCUUCUUCUUCUUCUUCUUCUCAAGAAGAGUACGAGUAUGAGGUGUUUCUCAGUUUCAGAGGUGAGGACACGCGCCGUGGUUUUACUGCACAUCUUUACGACGCUUUUCAUAAAAAGAAUAUCCGAACCUUCAUGGAUGAUGAAAAAGCUGAAACUGGAUAUAAGAUUUCACCACAACUUAGGAAAGCAAUUAUGGGAUCCAAGAUUUGGAUAAUAGUUUUCUCCAAAGAUUUCGCUUCUUCCACAUGGUGUUUGGAUGAAGUGCUUCAAAUACUUGAAUGCAACAGAAAUAGAAAUGGAGAAAUUAAAGGCAAUGUGAUACCCAUUUUUUAUGGCAUAAGACCAACCAUUGUACGGAAACAGAAGGAAAGCUAUGCAACUGCAUUUGCCCAACACGCAGAACGUUUUAAGGAUAGAAUUGAGAUGGUGCAGCAAUGGAGGGAUGCUCUAAAUGAAGUGUCCGGUGUGACCGGUCAUGAUUCAGAAAAUUUUAGGUAUGAUCACGAGCUAAUUGACAAGAUCGUUAAUGAUGUUUUAUUGAGGUUGCCAAAAGAGCAGUUAACAAUUGAUCAUUUCAAAAAGAACUUGAUUGGAAUUGAAGAGCGUGUCAAGGAUAUUGAAUCAUUUUUAUGCAUUGACUCAGAGGAUGAUGUUUGCAUAAUAGGCAUUUGGGGCAUGGGAGGUAUUGGUAAGACCACCCUUGCUGGUACUGUGUUCGAGAUGUAUAAAUCUUUUUUCGAUGCUGAUUUCUUCCUUAAGAAUAUUAGGGAGGAAUCCAAAAGACAAGGAAAAGAGCAUUUGAGAAAGAAACUUUUUUUUGGCUUAUUAAAUGAUGAAUCUAUUCUAAUGAAGGACACCCCAUUCGAAAUGUCAACUUUUAUUCAAAAGCGGUUGGGCAAAAGAAAAGUUAUUGUUGUUUUAGAUGAUAUGGAUGAAAUAUUAUCAUUAAAAUAUUUUCUUGAAGGGCAUGAACAGUUUGGUACUGGAAGUAGAAUCAUUGUCACAACUAGAGAUGUGCAGUUGCUUAGGUCAGUCACUGAUAAAAUUUACGAGGUUAAGGGGUUAGAUUACUCUAAAGCUCGUAAACUCUUCCAUAAGCAUGCUUUUGGAAGACAAGUUUCUGUUGCAGCAGACUAUGAAGCAUUAUCAAAAAGAGCGAUAGCCAGGGCAAAUGGCAACCCGUUAGCUCUUAAAGUAUUGGGCUCUUUCCUUUGCUCCAAGAGUAAACAAGAAUGGAAAAGUGCAUUGGAUAAACAGGAAAUAGAUCCACACAAGGAGAUUCUUCAAGUAUUGAAAAUAAGUUAUGACGGAUUAAGCAAAGGCACCCAGACUAUGUUUCUUGAUAUUGCAUGCUUCAUUACAGGUGAAGUUUACAGAGAAGAAGUAGAAAACAUGUUCAGCUGCAGUGACCAUUAUGAUGUGACAAUAGAAAUAACUGCUCUUAUUGAUAAAUCCUUAUUAACAGAAAGCCCAUAUAGAAGAGGAUACUUGUUAAUGCAUGAUUUACUUAGAGAAAUGGGUCAGGCAAUUGUUUGUGAUGAAAGCAAAAUACCUGGAAAUCGUAGUAGGUUGUGGACUACUAAAGAUAUUCUUCAUGUAUUGGAAAAAAAUAAAGGAACUGAUGCAAUCCAAGGCAUAUUAUUGAAUCUUUGUAAUCGAGGUAUUGAAAAAAAUGUGCAAGUGAGCCCUAUAGUAUUCUCAAAUAUGUGCCAUCUAAGAUAUCUUAAAAUAUAUGGAGACAAACAAGAUGAUCAGGAAUUUGGUCAUGAAUACCUAGGAAAGCGGUUUUGGCUAUUCAGAUAUUAUAAUAUAUAUGCUCCUGAAGGUCUGUUGGAUAUUUCUGAUGAGCUAAGAUAUUUUCAUUGGGAUUCAUGCCCGUUGAAAUAUUUGCCAAAUUUUAGUCCGAAGAAUCUUGUUGGACUUAUUAUGCGUGGAAGCAAACUUGAAAAACUUUGGAAUGAAGUCCAGCACGUUGACCUCGAGAAGUUAAAGAACAUUAAUCUUAGCUAUUCUGAGCACCUUACUGCAAUACCAAAUCUAUCUGGGGCUAUCAAUCUUGAAACUAUAAAGCUCCAAGGUUGUAAAAGUUUGGUUCAAAUUCAUUUAAAUCUUCAGAAUCUCCGCAAGCUUCAGAUUCUAGAUGUAAGUCGUUGCUAUAAUCUCAAAAAAUGCGGAGCAUCUGAAAGUCAAGAGGUGCCCUCAUCAGUUCCCGUUGGAUUAGAUUUCUCAUAUUGCAAUGAAGUUCAGUUAAAGAAGAUUGAUGCUAGUUAUUGUGAGCACCUUACUGAAAUACCAAAUUUGUCUGGGGCUAUCAAUCUUGAAACUAUAACACUCCGAGGUUGUAAAAGUUUGGUUCAAGUAGCUUUAAAUUUUCAGAAUCACCCCAAGCUUCGGAUUCUAGAUUUGAGUGGAUGCGACAAUCUCGAAGAAUGCAGAGAUUCUGAAAAUAUUGCAACCAAUAAUACAACAUUUAUAGAAGAGACCUCAUCAUCUGUUCCCGUUGUAUUAAAUUUCUUAUAUUGCGAAAGACUGAGAAGUAUACCAGAAAGCAUUGGGAAAUUGAAAUAUCUGAAUCGGCUGAAUCUUAGUAAAUGCCCAAACUUGGAAAAGUUUCCAGAAAUCUCUUCAGGCUGUAUGGAAUGCUUGCUUGAGCUUUCAUUAGAUAGAACAUGGAUUGAAGAGUUGCCCGAAUCAAUUGAAAAUAUAAAGAAGCUCAAAUACUUAAGUUUGAAUGGUUGCAAAAGAUUUAAAACUUUACCCCAGAGCAUUUGGAAGUUGAAAUAUCUGGAAAAGCUGAUUGUUUGUCACUGCCCAAACCUGCAGGGAAAGUUUCCAGAAAUCUGGGAUGUUAUGGAAUGCUUGUAUGAAAUUGAUUUAGAGGGAACAGGGAUUGAAGAAUUACCCGAAUCAAUUGAAAACAUAAAGAAGCUCCAACACUUAAGUUUGAAUGGUUGCAAAAGACUUAAAAGUCUACCCCAGAGCAUUUGGAAGUUGAAAUAUCUGGAAAAGCUGAUUGUUUGUUAUUGCCCAAACCUGCAGGGAAAGUUUCCAGAAAUCUGGGAUGUUAUGGAAUACUUGUAUGAAAUUGAUUUAGGGGGAACAGGGAUUGAAGAGUUACCUGAAUCAAUUGAAAAUAUGAAAAAGCUCAAACACUUAUAUUUGAAUGGUUGCAAAAGACUUAAAAGUCUACCCCAGAGCAUUUGGAAGUUGAAAUAUCUGGAAAGGCUGAUUGGUCGUUAUUGCCCAAACCUGCAGGGAGUGUUUCCAGAAAUCUGGGAUGUUAUGGAAUACUUGUAUGAAAUUGAUUUGGGGGGAACAGGGAUUGAAGAGUUACCUGAAUCAAUUGAAAAUCUAACCGGGCUCACAAUUUUAAACCUUGUAAGUUGCACACAGAUAAAGUUUCUCCCAAAGAGCCUCCGUAAGUUAUCAAGGCUCGUUAGGUUGAACCUCAUGGAAUGUUCAUCACUUGAAGAAUUGCCUCUCCUUCCACUUGGUUUGACAAAAUUGGAUAUAAGUUACUGUGAGAGCUUGAAAUCAAUGCAGCAGAUUCCAUCUUCAUUAUCUGAGUUAGAUGCUACCGGUUGUACAUCAAUGAAAACAAUAUCAAGUUGUGAAUCGGCUCACAUUCACAACCGACAAUAUUUUGGGCCUGGUCGGCAUAUGUUAUGGAGUUUCGAAAAUUGUCUGGAUUUGGAUCACAACACACGCAACCAUAUAGAUGCUGAUCUUGUAUACAAUAGAAUUUAUGGCAGGGCAUGUCCAUUGGUUGAUGUUGUGUACCCAGAAGAUGAAAUCCCAAAGUGGUUCGACAAUGCAAGUACUGAUGCUGGGAAUUCGUUCAAUUUUCAGCUUCCUCUAAAUUGGUUUAAAUUUACUGAUAUCCAGGUCCCUUUUGUUGUCUGCAUUGUUGGUGUGUCGAAUAAUUUUGAUGAUGAUAAUCAUGAUAAGCGAAUGCGGGAAGUUUCAUUGGAAUACAAGAUCAAGUUCAAAAUCAAUACCAUUGAUGGCCAUCUUCACGAAUAUAUUGGUGGUUGUGCAAGUACUCAUUUACAAGCACAAGCCCAUAAUGCUGAUCACGUGUUCAUUAUGCACAACCGAGAUAUGUGUUUGGAGGGGCGAGUGUUGGGACAACUGAUUGGACCUCAUUGGUGCUUCAAUCAUAGGGGACUGCAGUCUUCUUUCAGUAUACGAUUGAUGGAACGUGUAGGUGUCAAUUUGAACAUAAAAAAGUGUGGGAUACACUUCUUCAUCCAAUGACCACGAUGAAGCAAAUGUAGACAGGACUUGUGGUGAUUGUUCUGAUCAAGCAAGUGGAUAUCAAAAUAAUAUAUAUCCUCAGCUUAGUUCCAAGAGAAUCAAGCUUAUUGGACAAGAUACCUCGUCCAAAUGAAUCGGCUGUUUAAGCACCCUAACAGUUUCUCCUUCCAGGACUUCUACCAUGAUCAUGCACGUAGGCAUAUCAAGGGAAAUUGGGCUUCUAUUUAUCAAAGUGCAAUAAGGCCCAAUUCAUGCAGACUGUCAACGCGAGCCCCGCAGUCGUUGCGAACAAAUAACUAGCCCAAUGAUAAAAGGAUGAUGUGUGAGGAAAUGAAGGAAGAAGAAAAAAAAAAGAAACAUUUUGUACUAAAUUUUUCUGUUUCGCUGAGAUGUUUUCUUUCUUUUUUGGACAAUAUAGAGAAGAUAUUAUUACGUUUGUCUUCACAACUAGCCAUGACGUAAUUGUAACUAAAAUUUUAGUGGCCAGAUAACAUGUAUUUUCUUAUGUUAUAUACAAAAUGAUUUUAUCA